GAGGAGUUAGAAACACAAUCAACAAGACAGGAAGUGAAGACAGAAACCACCCACAAGGAACAGAGACUACAAAAUAAAACAGGAAACAGAAAACACAGAGCCAGAAAUACACAAACUAAACUGAGAACCUGACACAAUCCUACCAGGGCCUGUUGGGACAUGAGGAGAACUUGUGUCCCUGAGGGGCCUGAACACUUCUUUCCCUCUUCAAUGAGGAGGGCAGGUAUAUAAGCCACUGCAGAAAAACCUCCCUCCACAAGCAAGAGAAAACUUUCUGCACAUCACACAACACACAUUUACAGGUGAGCCAAUGGGGUCCAGGUCUUUGCUUGUGUUGACCCUCCUGGUGUUGUUGUGCGUGGAGCCCGGGUUUGGACAGAGAGGCGACGUGGACCUGGGGGAAUGGAUGAGAGCUCAAGAGAAGCUGACUCAGGAUUUACAGGAGAAUCAGAGACGUGUAGAAACCCAUCAGCAGGAUCUUGAAGCCCUGGAGGCCCGGCUCAAUGCCACUGUGGACCAGCUGACGGGGCAGAAGGCCGACAUGGACCAACUGAAGGAGGAGAACAAAGACCUGCAAACACGACUGAACGCCUCAGAGAUGGAGAUUGAUGAGCUGAAACAGAGCGGUGGUAAAGCCGCUCCUCACAUCGCAUUCUCGGCCUCUCUGUCAAACUCGGGGGAGAUUUACAGCGGACCCUGCACAGACAAGUCUCUCAUUUUUAAAAGAGUCUUCUCAAACACCGGCGACGCCUACGAUCACAAUACAGGAAUCUUCACGGUGCCCGUCGCUGGUUCCUACUUCUUCAGCUUCAGCACCUACGGCUACAACACCCACGUGAUGGGCGCCAUGUUGAUGAAGAACGGCCUCCUGCAGAUUUCCACCCAUGAAAGCCCGACAGCCGACGGCUCGGACAGCAGCACUAACUCUGCUGUGCUGCGCCUGGCGGCCGGCGACAGGGUGCACGUGGAGCUGUGGGACAACGGCAGAGUGUUCGAUAACCUGAACGGACACACCACCUUCAGUGGCUUUCUCCUCUUCCCCAUGUAGAUCAACACACACAUUAUAUUCACACUGCGGAUCUCUCAUGAUAAGAAAAAACUCAAUUCAUGUUUUCAUAACUCAGAGAAUUUUAUUAAAGAUAUGUGGGAACAUUCAGCAUAAUUACUGCAAAAUAAAUAAACUCACUACAUUGUCCGUUUUCUUUUCUCUGCUGAUUCUGCCUGAUGGACUGAAAACUGAACCAUGACCA